AUCCAAUUUGGAACAUUAUCUGGAGCGUUUGUAGGCAAAUAGAACAUCAAAAGGCAUGUUGGCAAAACCGACAUGUGGGGCAGGAGACAAGAAGGCAUUUUGGAAUCUUUUCUGUGAGCGAGAAGCUGUUGGCAGUGGUGUGUAUGGGACGGUAUACCGGGCAAGAUAUCGCUCCGACGGCAGAAUCGUUGCAGUCAAGAGCUGCAAGCUCCCUCCGGAAAAAGAGUUUGGAUUCAAUGCUGAUGUUGUCAGAGAAAUAACUCUAUUGAAAAGUCUGCAUCAUCCCAACAUCGUCAGGAUCGAGGAAGUGUUUCAAUAUAUUGACAACGGACAGUUCAAGGCAUUUAUGGUGAUGGAACUAUGCUCGCGGAGUCUCAGGGAUAUGCUGGAGACUCGCCAACGCGGUCUGGAUACCGAGGUGACAAAGGUGAUUCUUAGACAAAUCCUACAAGGCUUAGAAUACUGCCAUGCGCGUCGAGUUGCGCAUCGGGACCUGAAGCCAGAAAACAUACUACUUGUCGACGAUCUAAUGGGCAAUAUAUCCAUCAAGCUUGCUGAUUUUGGCCUAAGCCGCAUUGCUUCAUGUCCAACGAAAGCAUAUUCUCCAAAUCAAGUAACAGCUCUAUAUCGAGCUCCGGAAGUCUUUUACGGUUCAUCAGAGUACAGCAUGCCUGUUGAUAUUUGGAGUGUGGGAUGCAUCUUUGCAGAGAUGGUGAGAGGGAAGCGGUUGUUUGGUGGAGGAGCAACUGGAGAUCUAGCAGUCAUUAGGGACAUACAGCGUAAACUUGGUGAUCCAAAGCAAACCGACCUCACAUACGACUUUGACCGAGAUCCGGUCCGAAUCAGCCCAUUCCCAGAACAGCCACUGUCGGCAUAUGUAUGUCGGGAAGAAUAUGCAGGUCCACUGGAUUCCAUAGGAGUGGAUCUUUUAUCUCAAAUGUUGCUUUACGAUCCUCGUCGGCGUAUCCGGGCCUGCCAAGCUCUUGAACAUCAGUAUUUUUCUGCUGUGAACCAUCAGAUUCACAGUCAUUGUACGGUCGACGAGAGACAAUAUCUUGAUACACAAUUGAGGGGACCAGCUGUUGGAGGAGAUUUUGAUGGCGCAUAUCGAUAAUCGAAUGUUACCCAAGACAAAUAUCUCAGAAUAUUUAAUGAUGGAUUUGGGAGAUUUUGUAUGUGAUACCAAAUGUAUUUUGCAUUGAAAGCUUGCUGGUGGAGAUUUAGACUCACCCGCUUAUUGGCCUUGGCUUACCAUCGCUGUGCCAUCAUAAAAUGUGACUGUGCUCAAAUCCCA